AUGGAUUUUCUGAUUACAAAAGAAGCUGUUCAAACUUGUAUCUUAUCCAAAAGAUGGAAGGAUCUUUGGAAACAUCUUCCUACUUUGAAUGUUAGCCAUGUACACUUUAAAAGAGCAGAUUUUUUCAAGAAGUUUUUGAAUAAGGUUUUGAAACACCGUGAAAAAUCUAGUGCGAAGAUUUUGAAUAAGGUUUUGAAACACCGUAAAAAAUAUAAUGCGAAGAUUUUGAAUAAGGUUUUGAAACACGGUGAAAAAUCUAGUGCCUUGUGUAACAUUGAAGUUGAGCAUCAGGGGUAUGUUCCAUCUAAACUUUUGAGCAAGAUGAUCAAUUGUGCUGUAAAACAUGAGGUGGAAAAAUUCAAAGUUGGCACCUACCUUCGUGAUAAGGAAAGUAAUACCCUACUUUUUCGCUCAAUAUUCUCCCUUCAUUCUUUGAAGUGUCUUGACCUUUCAUUUUAUACAUAUGGAUGGGAAGUAAAACUUCCAGAAACUAUAGAUCUUCCAGAGUUAGCAAACUGUUGUUUAAGACAUGUUACAUUUACUUUGGCUAAUGACAAAGAUUAUGCUAUGCCUUUCUUAAAAUGUAAGAAGCUUAGUACUUUAGUCGUCGACGAUUGCAAAGUAAGUGGAGAUGACAAAAUACUUGUUAUAUCCGGUGAUAUACUUUCUAGUCUAACAAUUAUGUAUCAACAUUCAAGAGUUCAGAUAUCUGCUCCAUAUGUGAGGUCAUUCAGUUUUAAGGGUGCGUUUAAGGGUUAUAUUAAUCAUCAUCAAGUCUUUGAGCACAACAUGGAUUUUAUUGAAAAUGCAAGCAUCACUGUUUUGUGGUAUCUACCUAAUCCAAAACUUGUAGAGAUCUUUAUAAACAUGUUGAAAAGGAUCAGUAAUGUACGCUCAUUGAAACUUUAUUGGAAUAGUCUUGAGGGUCUUUCUCAAGUCCCCAAUUUUCCCAAUAUAGAACCGAUUGGUUUUACCAACUUGAAGUCAUUGACAAUACUUCUGUACAACCGUGACAGACCAUCUAUGUUAGAUGAUGUGAUGAACUAUUUACUUCAAGACUCUCCACAUGCGACAAAGAGAAUCAUUUAA